AAGACGGAAAUAACCCAAGCUUUAAGAGUUCUCCAAGUAGAGUUUGAAGAUAUGAGCUCAAAAUCCCAAGAAGCUGAGAAGGAGGUAAAUAUGUUGCAGGUGAAAAUACAAGAAAUUAAUAAUAACUUGUCCAAGCAUCACAAGGAUAUCGACUCAAAGAAGAGAUUUAUUGAAUCCAGAGUAAAAUCUUUGGAUCAGCACUCCUUUACCAUUGAUUCUUAUCCCAAAGCACUAGAGACAGCUAAGGAGACAAGAGAUGAACUGAAAAGAAAGUACAACCUUGCAGGUGGGAUGCGACUAAUAUAUGAUCCAUUUUUAAGUAUUGCCCGUGAUAAGCAUUUUUGUCCUUGCUGUGAACGCCCUUUCUCUGCUGAGGAGGAAGAUCAGUUUGUUAGUAAGCAAAGAGUGAAGGCAGCCAGUUCUGCAGAGCAGAUGAAAACAUUGGGCAUGGAAUCUUCAAAUGCGGAGUCUCAGUUUCAGCAGUUGGACAAGCUUCGAAUGGUUUAUGAGGAAUAUGUUAAAACUGGAAAGGAGUUAAUCCCUCAUGCGGAGAAAACUUUGCAUCAGCUUACUGAAGAGCUGGAUCAAAAAUCUCAAGCCCUUGAUGAUGUGUUAGGUAUUUUAGCUCAAGUAAAAGCUGAUAAGGAAAUGGCUGAGGCCUUGGUGUCACCUGUUGAUUCAGCUGAUGCACUCUUUAAAGAAAUUCAAGUUUUGCGAAAGGAAGUUGAUGAUUUGGAGUAUAAACUUGAUUAUCAAGGGCAAGGAUUCAGAAAUUCGAAAGAAAUUGAUUUGCAGCUAGUAAGUUUGCAGAGCUCAAAGGAUGAUUUGCACAAUGAAAUGGCAAGGUUAAAGGAUGAACAAAUGCACAUGGAAAAAGAUCUGUCAGCUAUUCAACUGCGGUGGCACGAAAUAAGGGAGAAUAAGGUUGAAAUGGUUAAUACAUUGCGUGAUUUAAAGAAGGUAGAAGAAGAGUUAGAGAGCUUGAUGGUGGAAAAGAGUCAAGUUGAUCUUGAGGAGAAGCAUUUGGAAGAGGCUCUUGGUCCUUUAUUCAGAGAGAAAGAGAAAAGACUACAUGACUACAAUCAUUUGAAGGGCAAACUUGAUGGUGAAUAUAAGGAGGAGGAUGACCGUAACAGAAAAUACCGAGACGAAUUUAAAGAACUUGCUCUGACUAAUUCUAAGAUCAGAGAGUAUAAUGAUUCCAAAAAAGGUGAGAGGUUAAAGGAACUGCAAGAACAGAAGUCUGCAUUGCAAACUGAAAUUCAGAGUUGCAAAACUAGGAGGGAAGAAACUUCAGAUGAGAUAAGCAAAAGCAAUACCUUGAUGGGGAAUCAAAAUAAACUAAGACGCAAUAUUGUGGAUAAUUUAAAUUACAGGAAAAUAAAAGCUCAAGUUGAUGCUUUAACAUGGGAGAUUGAAUCACUUGAAGACAGAAUGUUGAAGAUAGGUGGGAUUUCUAAAUUUGAAGGUGAACUCAAAAAGCUCCUGCAAGAAAAAGAGAGACUUCAUUCAGAGUUUAACAAAUGCCAAGGAACGAUGUCAGUUUACCAGAACAAUAUUGCAAAGAAUAGAGAUGAUCUCAAACAAGCACAAUACAAGGACAUUGAUAAACGGUAUUUUGAUCAGCUAAUCCAGCUGAAGACUACCGAGAUGGCAAACAAGGACCUGGACAGAUACUGUACUGCCCUUGACAAAGCACUCAUGCGCUUCCAUACAAUCAAAAUGGAGGAAAUUAAUAAAAUUAUAAGAGAGCUAUGGCAACAAACGUACAGGGGACAAGAUAUAGAUUAUAUUAGAAUUCAUUCAGAUUCUGAAGGUGCAGUUGCAGGUGCAGCAACUCGUUCCUACAGCUACAGGGUUCUCAUGCAAACUGGUGAUACUGAGCUUGAAAUGAGAGGAAGAUGUAGUGCUGGUCAAAAGGUCCUUGCAUCCCUUAUCAUACGAUUGGCUUUAGCUGAGACUUUUUGCCUCAACUGUGGAAUAUUAGCACUAGAUGAACCAACCACAAAUUUGGAUGGCCCAAAUGCAGAGAGUCUUGCAGCUGCCCUUCUGAGAAUUAUGGAGGAUAGAAAGGGCCAGGAGAACUUCCAGCUGAUAGUCAUUACUCACGAUGAGCGUUUUGCCCAAAUGAUUGGUCAGCGUCAACAUGCAGAAAAAUAUUACCGGGUCGCAAAGGAUGAUCAUCAGCAUAGUAUAAUUGAAGGCCAGGAGAUAUUUGAUUGAUUGACCAUUCCAAAUGGGUUUUCUGCAUCAUGCACACUAGUAAAUUUACCAGUCCUCAAGAUGGAACAAUGCAACAGAGCUUGUGUUUGAAAAGUUAAAGUGGGAAGGUGAAUUUAUGCAAGGAAACUUGUGUUUUAGGAAAUUUAUUACUAUGGUUUGUUUUUCACUUCUCACCUAGAUCCACUUUUCUCAUUAACCUGGGGCGAUGUUUUUAAUCCUUUGAACUUAGUUAUGAAUUUUGGUUUAAGGCUUUAAGCCACAAUUAGUUUCAUUUCAAAGGCUGCCGUUUGCAAGGAAUGAUGCAAGUUAACCAAAUAAUUUUCUAGGUGACUC